UGGUGUCUUCGCUCUUCUUACUCCAGAUUUAUUCCAAACUUGUACUGGCAUAUUUUGAUUAUAAAAGUAAACGCCUGGAAAGUCUCUGCAGAAUGCAAAGUGCCAGCCCAGGGAGCAGGGACUUGGGCUACUUGCCCUCAGUGUACUCUACCCUUCCACACUUCACUGCUCCCAGUAUAGGCUUUUCUAAAGUUCAGACCAGUUCACAGCAGCUUCCUGGGAGCACUAUGGCCAACUCAAGCUGGGAGAGAAGAUCUGUGAGGAAGCAUAAGAGAAGGACAGAUGAUGAAGGCUCCAGUGGCAAACGGAGAAGGCUGACAGAGGAACGAGGUUCAGAUCCUUUAGAGUACUUGUGCGCAAAACCCUGCCAAGACUGGUUGCCAGAGUGCAGUACUAGUUCUCUUUCAAACCAGCUUUGUUCUCCAGCCAUCCCACAGUCCCCAGUCACCCAGGAGAACCCUUCACUUGCAAGCAGGGUGGAGACAGACGGCUCCUUUAUGGAAGUAGAGGCGGCACAGAGGAGGCUGCAGGAGAUCGAGGACAGGAUCACGCUGGAAGAUGACAGUGAUGAGGAUCUGGAUGUGGAGCCAGCUCAGCGCAGACCUGUGCUGGUGCUGUCGGACAGCCUGAGAGAGGGCCUGCAGCGCGGGAUCACAGAUAUUCUCCCUCAUACAGUAGCACAGUCCGUGAGCCAGUCUUGUAUGGAGUUGGUGCUGUGGCGGCCCCCGGAGGACCCGUUCACUCAGCAGUUGAAGGACUCGCUCCAGAAACAACAGCGUAAACAACAAUCUCUGAACAGACAGACCCCGACGCCCAUCCCGCCUCCCAGCGCCCCGCUUUACUGCCCCCCGGGAGCGGCCAGCACACACGAGGAGGACAUGGAGCUGUAGGCCGUGGAAGAAACGUUCUCGAAUCGAGAUGAACUGAACGGGGUCAGGAUGCUUGUAUUGCACUACGAAGUUGAAGUGAUAAUUUAGUGCCGCACCUUAAAUCCUUUGGCUUGUGUUGUUUCCAAACGAUUUGCGUAGCAGGGACCGUACUGCCAUGCAUGUGUAUGAAUUCUGCUUUCAUGUAACACAUAAUUCUAUUGUGACUACAUCAAUUGGGGGUGAAUUACAGCCAGUCAUGUGCCAUUAAAUGGUUCUACAAUAUCUUAAAA